AUGGUCGAUGCCGGUCAAGUGCUUGCCAGUGCGGGCCAGAUGAAAAGCGGAGACACUCUGUACACCAUAGGCGAAGACGACUCCAUCUUAAAAGCACUGGUAAUGAUGAAGGAGAAGAAUGCGGGGGCUUUACUGGUCACACACGCCGAUGUGGUGUCUGGUAUAAUCACAGAGAGAGACUACUUGACUAAGGUGGUGGUGAAGGGUUUGUGUUCAAGAACGUCUCCGGUUUCUGCCGUCAUGACCAAGAAAGUGGUAAGGGUUUAG